CCCAUCUUCCAUCCACUCUCUCACUCUACACUACUUUGUCAUCUGUCUCUCUCCUGUUCCCCCCAUCGACCUCGUCACAAUGGCCACAGAGGACGAUGGCAUGGUCGAAAGCGCACUUCAACAUCUCGGAACCGUAGCCGAGAGUCUCGAUCACUAUGUUCUUCCAGCCGAGGGCCAACUCUCCAACCCAACAAGUUAUGCCGUCCUCGACCCAAAACCAUCCACAUCUCCCAUCACAGCCAAGAAGCGUCUCAAGGGCGAUGGCACUGACCCCGACGAGAAGAAGCCCAAAAAGACACGACAAACGCAAUCAUGCGACGCAUGCCGAGCACGAAAAGUGAAAUGUGAUAGGCCACCACCCGGUUCCGUAAGCGCGAGCGAUGCACCUACCAAGGAUGUGUGCACGCACUGCCGUCAGCUCGGUAUGGCCUGCACGUUCGAGUACAAGCCCAAGAAGCGGGGGCCGCCCAACAUGUACCUUAAGCGCAUGCAGGCGCUCACGCACAAGGAUGACCGGCCCAUGUACUCACCGCCGUACGGAAACGGGCGGCACGACGACGACAUGUUGGCCGGUCCGGGGCCUGGAACACUGGCGAGCCAGGACGCUUUGCGAACAGGAAGACGGGAGGAUGAUUGGGGAAGCUUGCGUGGGUUUACGUCGACCCCGCGCGACAUCCUCGGCACGGGAGGAAACAACGGAUACACGCUCUCGCCGAGCUUUCUGUCACCCCACGGCUCGCCAGAAGAUCGUGCGCUGUACUCCCGUAAUCCACCUUCCCUCCGAGAUCCGCUGGCACCGUCUGUGCUGAAUCCCAUCGAGGCCGUCCUUCCCCGGCAUCUCCUCUACGGCAUUCUCGACGUGUACUUCGACUACGUGUACUGCCUCAUCCCGUGCCUACACAAGCCGACGUUUAUGCGUGACCUCGAUGCGCGUCGCGAAGAGCAGCCGGGCGGAGAAGAGUUUGUCGCGCUGGUCUUCGCUGUCGUGGAGGCAACGCUUAUGCAGAUGCCGCGUCUGAUUGUUGGUAUGCCCAAAGAAGCGGCGCGAGCACUGUUUGAGGACGCCACUGCUAUCGUCAAGCAGUACCUCGAUCGCGAGUUCACUGAGCUUGGCGUUACCCGCUGCAUCAUAUACUACUUUCACACCGUCGCAAACAACCACCUGCCCAACAAGUUGCCCAACUCGAUCAACAACGGCGCCAACUACCUUCUUUCACUGCGGUUGCGGCUGCACGAGGAAGCAGGCUACAAGAACUGUAAUCCAAUCGAGCGUGAGCUGCGGAAGCGUGUCUUCUGGCUUCAAUACGGCGCCGACAAGACACUCGCAGCCCUCGACCUGCGCAUCUCCAUCUGGCACGAGAUCGACUGUGCCGACGUCACGCUCCCGUCUCCCCUGGACGAUGAGUAUCUGACAGAAGAGGGAUAUCUCGAGCAGCCCGAGAGUGAGACACCGGUCUUGGCUGGAUUCUACUACAUCUCUAAGCUGUUCCGCUUGCUUGGCCAGGUGCUGGACAAGCGGAAGCGCGACCGUGCCAAGCCCCCUUCCGGGCUCAUGCUGCAGAUGCGGAUCAAUGAGAUCGAAGGGAUUCUGCACCAGGUCAUGUCGCUUAUGGACCACUCGCCGGAGGCCUUGCGCCUGGACAUGGGUGGUAGCCCCAGCGCGCGUAUGGAGCGCAUCGAGGAGCGGUGGGACUCGCACGUCAACGCCGAUAUACGGCAGCUGCUCCGCGAUCCAAGCAGCGCCCGCCGGGCGAUAAAAGACACGUUCCUUGUCCAGCAGGCAAACAUCUACGUCACUCAGCAAAUGGUCCGCUACAUCAUACUGCAGUACACCGAGGAAUUGACGGCGAUGCAGGACAAGGAGCACGCGCUGGAGGAACCUCCUGGAAGCGGAGCGCUGGGAGGGCCCACCCGCCGCCCGGUGUUCACCGAGACGGAGAAGGACCUGAUCGUGAGCGACCUCCUCGUCAUCCUAUCCAAAAUCCCGCUCGAGGUAAUCGCCAUCAAUACUAUCUCGCUCGUUGCAAAGGUUCGCUAUGUGGCGAGCACACUGCUCGACGCGCUGCAGUCCGCUCCCCCAGACCCAAACGACAUCCCGCAGCUCAUGCGCUCCUCGCAGCGCGUUGCGCGCGCACAGGGCUACCUGUGGGAUUUCCUGCGCAUCCUCACGGACAUUGAGAAUUUGUACCAGAUGGACGAGGACGUCAGUAAGACGGGUGAGAUCGCGUAGUUUAAUCAUCUGUAGCAGCAUGGAUACAAUCUUAUAUA